AUGAGAAACAGUAAAUAUGAAAGUGACGUAGAGUUACAAAAGCCAGAUUACUUAAGAAAAGGUCAAGAUGCUAAAUUAUUGAAGAGUUCAAUUGCAGGUGCAUUGUCUGGUUUAGCUGCUAGAAAUGUAAUAGCUCCUUUAGACACACUAAAAAUUCGACUUCAAAUCACACCUGUACUGAGAAAUACUUCCAGCCAUUACACUAACCCAUUGAGAAUGACUCCUGGAUUAGUAAGACGGAUAAAUGAAAUGAUAAGAAAUGAAGGAAUAAGAUCAUUCUGGAAGGGAAAUAUAUCAGGAUCUGCGAUGUAUGUAAUAUACAACGGGUUCCAAUUCUGUACAUAUUCUUAUUUCAAUAAACAUUUGGCACCAUACACGGGUGACUCAAAAAAUUUACAUUCUGCUUUAGUGGGUGCACUCUCAGGUGUUUCAAGUUCUAUAUCAUCUUAUCCAUUUGACAUAUUACGCACGAGAUCAAUUGCUAAUAAUCAAAUGAAAUUAUACCGUAUACGAGAUGGUAUUGCAGAUAUAUGGAAUCAUGAAGGUUUUCGCGGAUUUUAUCAGGGAUCACUCUCUGCUGUAUUAUCAAUUAGUAUUAGCACAUCAAUCAUAUUUGGUACAUAUGAAGGGAUAAAGAUAUAUUCUGAAGGAGAAUUACAAAAAAUUUCUGAAAGAGGACAGGAACAAAAAACGUUAUCAUCAUCAUUGCAAAUAUUUAUGUAUAAGACAUUGAAUCAUAGUGCAAGUUCUAUAAGUGGGUUUUUAUCCAAAUUGGUAACGUUUCCAAUAGACACUGUACGACGUAGAAUCGUAUUGAAGGAUUCUAAUCAUCUCGAACAAUUUUUUGGAUCAGAACAAUCUAAUAAAAGGCAAUUAUAUGAAUAUUCAAUACAAUAUAAAAAGACAAAGCACCAAGAUAAAUUAAUAUUACCAUUUCUAAAGAUUAGUAAACAAAUGUUAGCUCAUGAAGGCCCCAAAGCUUUUUAUAAAGGUUUAUUGAUGGCUUUAAUUAAGACUGUGCCAUCUACAGCAGUUACACUUUGGUCGUACGAGACGAUCAUGCGGGCAAUCAGCUAA